AGUCACCGUGUUCCUGUGCUGCAACCCUCCCGGAAAUUCCAGCAUCGCGUGAACAAUUUUCACAUCCCCUAAUCCCGACCCACCGCACUACCCCGGACGACCGAUCUAUCGGCCGAGAUGAGCAGCCCGGGCGAUUACAACGCCGUCCGCAAGGACAUUGUCGCACAGCUGAAGAAGCCAGACUAUGAUGACGGAAGCGCAGGCCCAGUAUUUGUCCGACUGGCAUGGCACUCCGCGGGUACCUACGACGCCGAAACCGACACGGGCGGCAGCAACGGUGCGGGCAUGCGAUAUGAAGCAGAGGGGGGCGAUCCGUCAAACGCAGGCCUUCAAUACGGUCGGGCAUUUUUAGAACCUGUAAAGGAGAAGCAUCCUUGGAUUACAUACUCCGAUUUGUGGACGUUAGCAGGCGUGGUGGCGAUCAAGGAGAUGGGCGGGCCGGAAGUCGAGUGGAAGCCAGGUCGGACGGACCUGGUCGACGACUCCAAGGUACCACCUCGUGGCCGUCUACCUGACGGUGCUCAGGGUGCAGACCAUCUCCGCUUUAUCUUCAACCGGAUGGGCUUCAACGACCAGGAGAUUGUGGCGUUGGCAGGAGGACACAAUCUGGGUCGGUGCCAUACCGAUCGCAGUGGGUUCGAAGGUCCCUGGGUGAACAACCCAACACGAUUCUCCAAUCAAUUCUUUAAGCUGCUAUUAAAGUUGGAGUGGACGCCUCGGAAGUUGGCGAACGGCAUGAGCCAGUUCGUAUAUGAGGAUCCGGAUGCGGAGGAGGGAGACGAGUUGUUAAUGAUGCUGCCCACCGAUAUUGCACUCAAGACGGACCCAUCCUUCCGACAGUGGGUGGAGAAGUAUGCAGAGGACAAGGACCUGUUCUUUGACCACUUUGCGAAGGUGUUCGCGAAGUUGGUCGAGCUGGGUAUUCGACGAGACGAGAAGGGUGCUGUUCUCAACACCGACAAUGUCAAGGGAGGUUAUAUCUCUGCUCCCAAGAAGAGUAACACGCCGACAGGACCACCGAAGAAGCCGAAGGCCGAACCUGUGCGGGCCAGGCUGUAAAUACGCGAUGGAUAUUUGGGAGGAUCAUUGAUUUGAUAUACCAUAGAAGGAUUUAGAGGAUUGGAUAGAGACCGAAGCGUG